AUGAUUUAACAAAGAUAAUAUUAAAAUAUGAGUGAUUAAUCAAGUAAAAUUAGUCAGUUCUCACAAAGAACUUAAUAAUUAUUUUCAAAGAGUUUUAUAAUUAGUUGAAUAUCCUCCAUAAGAUUUCAUAUGGAGAAGAGGGGAUAUUUUAAAAAAGCUUCUGUAUCACUUUAUUCAAAAAGGUGAAAUUAAAAUUUUAGGGUAAAAUUAAAAAAAUGAAUAUAGCAGACUUUUGGUUUUUAAUAGUUUGUAUUUACCUCCAAGACUUCAGCUAAAAAUUAGAUUUACGAAGAUUGCUAUUUAAUAAAUUAUUUUUAUACAAUAAACAGUUCUAGAAGUUUUACAAUUUAAUAGAAAUAAUUUUGACACUUUUCAUCACAUUAAAGACUCUUUGAAUAAAUGA